AUGUUCCGAGCCUUCGCAAGCGACCUACACGCAGUCGUGCUCAACAGUGGACCUCUUCGGCACCAGACUCGCCUCAAGUCGCGCUCUUGGUGGCGGCACAAGGCCGUGAACCGCAAUAUCAGCACUUCAGUACGGCUGUCAGCGAAAUUAGAAACGGAGUUCGACCCGGUCCCUCGACCGCAUCACGAGCCAAUACCGGUUUCUGCAUCGCUUUGGAGGCGACUAUUCCACAACAGUAGAGCAGACAGCUGGACGUCUCGGGCGGGCGAGGAACCUGGAAUCGAUCCCACCUCAAAGCUCGCCUCACAACGAUUCAGCCAACAACAUGACUCCGAAAGCGAGAUUUGCAUUGUCGAUUUCUCUGACCAACGUGUGAUAAAGCACGACGUGGAAGUGGCUUCUUUGGAUUCGUUCUUGAAAGAGCAGCCCAGACCGAGCUGGGCUUCCUGCCGUUGGAUCUACGUCAAUGGAAUCAAUUGGGAUGUAGUCAGGAGCCUCGGCAGCGAAAAGGGCCUUCAUCCGCUUGCCAUCGAGGAUGUCAUGGAUACAGGUACUUCGACCAAAGUCAACUGGUACGAUGACCACUGCUUCUUGGAGAUGAACCUCGUGAAAUUAGAGCACAUCCAUGACGAUCGGAGGACAAGAGUCGAAGACGACCCGGUUUCCUCGUCACUACGGGAUCGCAUUGGCAGCAGACUUCACCCUAGAUGGCGCACGCUUGUCCCAGGGCGAUUUAGAAUGACGGUCGAGCAGGUCUCAAUGUUCCUGACCGCCGAUAACACCUUCAUCACGUUCUUCGAGCGCUCUGGCGAAGAGGUCUUGAAUCCCAUCAUAUCCCGCUUAGAAUCCCCCAAGAGCACCAUUCGCUCCAGCAACGAUCCUUCCAUGCUCUUGCACGCUGUGAUAGACACAGUGGUUGAUCUGUCUCUUCCGAUUGGCAAAGCAUACGCCCAAGUAUUUGACGACCUCGAGCAGUCCGUCCUCAGGAGGCCGAAUGUUGCGCAAUCAAAAGAGCUUCACAUCCUGCGAUCUGGCCUGACACUUCUCAUGGACAAUAGCAUUGCUAAUGGCAGCCUGCUCAAGACAUUGGUCGAUCACCGCGCUGCCAUUGCAACCGCAGAUGGCAAUCUGAACGACCCAGUCACCAGUGUGCACAUCUCGUCCACCGCACAAAUCUAUCUCCAAGACGUCCAGGACCACAUUGCGGCACUUUCAAACUCCACAGAUAUGUCGAUUCGGUCCGCCGACAACCUCUCUUCGUUGAUCUUCAACACAAUCGCUGCAAGCCAGAACGAAAGCAUCUCGAAGCUGACAUUCGUCUCGAGCUUCUUUCUGCCGCUGACAUUCCUGACAAGUUACUUUGGCAUGAAUUUCGAUCCCAUGCCGGUAGUCAACGAACACAGUGAUGCAUACUUCUGGGUAAUAGCGACGCCAAUCAUGCUGAUCACCGCCACCCUCUUGACUGUGAGGGCUAAUUUAUUGAAGAUGAGGCUGCCAUGGAGGAAUCCAAAGACGGGACAAAGACUUUCAAAGGGCAAGCUUGACUAG